CAUGCGAACACCUCUUGUUGAAGCUAGAUAUGAGCACGGAAACUGCCAGCCGGCAUUCGUGGAACCACACGCACGUCGUGGAUCGAGUCUGCAAAUUGACGCACCAGUAAUGUUCCCAGAUGUCCAGAAUCGUGACAGAACGUACUGCACCUUGACUCCUUCAAACCAAAGCACGACGUUCCCACCACUGCAAGAGAGGCCUCCUGCCUUGCGUGCUCCGCAAAGUCAAGAAAAAAUUCUGAAAGAGUUGGAACGAAUUCGACUGCAAAAUGAAACCAUCAUUCAAAUGUUGACUGCUAUAGUUCCAAGGCACACAGACCAACUGGGCAACUUUACAUUCCCGUUAAGUAGUCGGGAAGAUGUUUCAUCUCUUGAAGAUCAACUUGCAAGUAGCAUGGAGCUCAGACGAGAACUGGUGAGCAUAUUACUUAGUACUAUAGCUGUGUGAAUAGGAAAAUUUUCAGUACACAGUGAAUGCAAACAAUAAUGUUUCAGUGUGAAUCGAAUAAUUCUUCGAAUUGAGCAGUUUUGAAUGUCGGCGUCCUAAAACACAAGACCAAGCACACUGCGUACCAAUUUAUGUUUGUUAUAUUUGUUUUUAAUCGUAAAUGGUAUAUUUGUAUUCUGGUAAUAUGAAUGCUUGUAAUGAUAUAAUUCUAGUGCAAAUGUUAGGAAGUUUCAAUAUUCACACACCCUUACUUAAUAUAGCACCGAAAUUGUCACUUUUUUACUC